UGUACUAGAUGGUAAAUCUGUAAAGCCUGUUUCAGCCUCAAGCUUCUAUGUUCUACAUUCUUGGUUUCAUGCAGACAGACAGAAGCAUUCAGAAGAGAACACGUUGUAGCUGCUUUUGGAAAUUGUUCCUUUUGUAAAGUCCCCAAAGCUGCCAAAUCCAAGAACUUGGAACUGACCUGGAACUCUAAAAGAAGCUACAAGAAACAAGACAAGGAUUCUUUACCAUCACCUCCAAAAGCCCUGCACUUUCACCUCUGCUAUUGCAAUUACCUGGUUGAGAUAUGAUGAGGAUCUGGACCAAGAUGGUGGCCGUGUGAGAAGAGAGAAGGAGAUGGAUGUGAGAGAUGCUCUGAAGUUCUAUUUGGUGUCCAGAGGUCCACAGAAUCAACAUCAGAAACCAUGCCAUUCUCAGACUCAUCACUACCUUUCAUCAACCCUGCCACGAUAAACACAGGGAAGCAGGAUCCUAGCAAGGUCCCCUUUUCUACCAUCGUUGAUUAUGUUACAAACAGAAAUAGGACUCCAAAGAAGAGAAUGCUCCAGAUCCAUGGCUCACCUAUUUGUUUUCCUAACAAUUUCUCUUCACCCCUGAGAUUUUCACAGGAUGAUAUUAAUGAAAAAAGGAAUACACUUACUUCAACUUCUAAAAAACAAGAGGAGUUAGUUAGUAAAACAGAUAAAAGCACUUUGCCGAAACUUCAACCCUUAUUUUCAAUGACAGCAACUAUGAAGUAUGAGCAGAAGUCCAAGAAGAAUAAGCUGAAAUCUCGGUUAGCCCAGGCCCUGUUGGAUGAUUUUCGACAAAAUGUGAAGACCAUUAAAAGUAUCAUGAAUCCAGAGAGCAGCUCCAUGGUGGUGGAGAGUGAAAAGAAAGCUGCAAAUUCUAGACAUGGGAUUAAAGAAGAACAGGUUCAUAUAUUCACACCUUUUUCUGGAGCACAUUCUAAGAGGGCAAAAGAAAUCACACUGAGGGUCACUGGGAACAGUUGCCCUCAAACCUUCAAUAACGCAAUGAACAUGAAGAGGAAACUUAAAUCAGAGCAACACCAGAGACCUACUUUUUCAAAAGACUACUUCUGAAUUUAUUUAUUUUUUCCCAUAGGCCACUUCAUGUUCUCUAUUGGAAUUUAGAAAAUAUUUUUUGCUGUUAUAUUCAAAAUUAUGUUGCUAGAAAUUUUCAUUGGAAAAGGUAUAGGUAAGAUGGAAUGCAGACCCAAAUAAUCAAUGCUCCCAUUUAUAUUAGGUACUUCUGCAUUCUUUAUUUCUCAUGUAUAUUACCUUUGACUAUUUGUAACAUGCUAUAAUCAUUAUUCAUAAUUCAUGUUGUCAGGGUCAUAAAUGUUAUAUAUCUUAUGGAGAUUAAAGCAAGAAUGUGAUUUUUAUUUUAAAGAACCCCAAAUUUAUAAUGUUUGCCAGAAAACGGAUGUAUGUUCAUUAUUAAAUAAAUGAUGAUAACAACA